GCAGCAUAGAGGGCUACAUGGCCUCCUCCUUCAGUUUUGAUACUCGACACUCCUAACUUGGACCCAUUUUAUCAGCAGCUUUUGAGUUCAUUGCUUUCAGUAGACGUGAAUUGUAAGGGGAAUUACAGCACUUAAGUUUUUUUUGUAAAAUAAACUUUAUAGAACAAGCAGUUUGGGAACAUCUGCAGGUUUUAUCUUCAAUUUGCUUCUUUUUUUCCAGAACUCUUCGUUGUAGCAGAAACAGAUGCGUCUUCCUGUUCAAAGCUAGGACCCUCUCAACAAACCCGGACUGCAUUGGAGAAAAGCAGACUUCCAAGUAAAGACUACCUCAUCACAAUGUCCUAUGACGAAGACCCUUACAUCUUCUCCAGCGACACUCUGCCCAGUGACCGGCGCUUCCUCCCUCCACUGGCCAACGGGCUUCUGGGAUGGAGGGUGUACAGCAAUACCAUGCACAUGGGUGGUGUAUAUAACGGGGAGGGUGGACGUUGUCACCGGGCAGAUGUUCCCUGUCCUCUCACUGUGAAGGUUGAGACAGAUGAGCCAGCCCAGCACACCUAUAGCCUGGACACCCACACAGGCAUUUUUACCCACACUCUGAGCUCAACAAGUGUAACAGUCACACAAUCUCUGUAUUCACACCGAUACUACCCCAACUUAAUGGUGAUGGAAAUUCUGUUGGUGCGUCAGAUGACUUCAGAGGAGCCAAUCACUGUUAGGCUGGUCAGUUCAUUCACGCCUCAGAGCAAAGACAUUGUUUUCGAGUCUGGUCCUGAUUACAAAGGAGGAAGUCACAUCCAAGGAAAAGUGACCACUGCUGAGUUCCCAGGAGGUUCCUGUCCCACAGUGCACCUUAUCUGGACCCACAUACCCCCCACUCUGACACUCGUUCCAGAGCAGAGCCAGGCUCGCUGGGGCUUCGUCCUGGUGGUGGCCAACAGUUUAGACACUGCUGAAGCCAAGUUUGACGAGAGCCUGAAUCUGAUAGCGACUGGAAACCUGCGUCCGUCUCAUGAGAAGGCCUGGAAAGAACUAUGGCUGGAGAGCCAGGUGGUGGUGGCAGGGUCAGAGAGACUCUGUAAGGCUCUGAUUGGCUGCAUGUUUUACCUCCUCAGUGCCUUUCCAUCCAUACAUGACACCUCCAGCUCGUUUGGUGGAGUCAGUCCAGGAGGAUUGUCUAAUGGUGGGGAUGGUCAGGACUACUGGGGUCACGUUUUUUGGGACCAGGACAUCUGGAUGUAUCCUGGCAUAGCCCUCUUCUACCCCAAGCUAGCCCGAGCUGUGCUAGAGUACAGGGUGGGAACUAUAGAUGGCGCAAAAGACAACGCCCAAAAGCAGGGCUUCAAGGGACUGAAGUUCCCAUGGGAGAGUGCAGUGUCAGGGAGGGAGGUGUGUCCAGAAGACAUUUAUGGACAACAAGAGAUUCACAUAAAUGGAGAUGUCACCCUGGCCUUCCAACACUAUCUCUACCUCACUGAGGAUCUGUCCAUGUUCACAGAGGGCCGGGGCAGGGAGGUGAUUUACGGUGUGGCUGAUUACUGGGUUUCUAGAGCAUCGUGGAACCCUGAGGAACAGAAGUACCAUCUCUUAGGUGUCAUGCCACCUGAUGAGUAUUAUUACAAUGUCAACAACUCUGUGUACACAAACACAGUGGCCAAAUUCAGUCUCCAGUUUGCUGUGGAAUUGGCUGACCGCCUUCAACAUCCUGCACCAAAGGAAUGGCAAGAAGUGGCCAAAAACCUCAAAAUACCUUUUGACCAAGAAGCCCAGUAUCAUCCUGAGUUUGAUGGCUAUAUCAAAGGUCAUCCAGUGAAGCAGGCAGACACAGUGAUGUUGGGUUAUCCUCUUGGAUUGCAAAUGUCCUCAGAGAUCAGGAGAAAUGACCUUGAAGCGUAUGAGCCAGUAACAGACCCUAAUGGUCCAGCUAUGACAUGGGGUAUGUUUGCAAUCGGCUGGCUGGAGCUGGGGGAGGCUGAGAAAGCUCAACAUUUACUAGAGAAGUGCUUCAAAAACAUCCAGGGACCGUUCCAGGUAUGGAGUGAAUCAUCAGAUGGCUCUGGUGCAGUCAAUUUUCUUACGGGAAUGGGGGGAUUCCUGCAAGCUGUGCUGUUUGGUUAUACUGGCUUCAGAGUUCAGAAGGAAUGCCUGGCCUUUUCCCCUGUUCUUCCCAAUGAUAUUUCUGAGCUCUGCAUCCGUGGUGUGAACUACCUGGGCAGUCAGAUGGACUGGCUGCUGAGGAAAGACGAAGUUUGUAUCAUACUGAGGGAACAAGCACACAGAGCUGGCAACAAUCAGUCCUGUGAUCUGCAGGUUAUCCUGAAGGCAUCGGGAAAUAAAAUCCCUCUCACACCAGGGAAUCCGGUAACUUUUCCUCCAGAGCCUGGGUGUGUUUGUAAACUGGCUGUGACAUCUUCCUGUUGGCCUCUCUGAUACGGAGACCAUGAUCCUCCUCAUCAUUCCAUCUACCCACUAUUAAAAAUAUGAUGAGCAAGUUGUUUUAUAUCUAAGCUAAGUUGUAUGCUGCCAUUCAUUUAGGGAACGAUG